ACCUAUAAGAUGCAGCUCUGCAGCGUGUGCGCCGAACAGACACCAAAAUACAGAUGUCCGGCCUGCAAAAUCAGAUAUUGUUCACUUGGCUGCUACAAGAAGCACAAAGACACUUGCCUUCCUGCUCAACAGCUCCCACACACUGCUGAAGCUUCUGAAGUGAAGCCUGCUCUAAAUGCUGAGCCGUGGAGUGUUGAAGAUCUUCUGCAUGAGGAUGACAUCACCGACAAGGUGCCUCUGCAGAGACUCCAGCUGUUAGGUCAAUCAAAAGAGCUCAGAGAUCUUCUUUGCAACCCACAUCUGAGGCAGUUAUUACAGUCCAUUGACAGCUCAGACACGAAAGAGGACGCGAUGAGGGCUGCCAUGCAUGAGCCUCUGUUUGGCGAGUUUUCAGAUCAGUGUUUGAAAAUUGUAGAAAAUCAAGCAGAAUCAGUGACAAAUGGUGAUUUGUAA